GAAUCUCAGGGUUCUCGGAAUCGACACCGGAGCUCCGGCGCAUCCAUCCCCGUUCCGGUAACAGCACCAUUUACCUGCACGACGGCGGGGACAUGCGUGCCACCGUCAUCUUUUCGGAGCUUUCUCUUCUGAAGCGACUGUCUUACCGCUUGAACGCAAAUCUCUCCUUCGCGUCGGAGACAUGGCCGGCGGCGGCAUCCGUGGACGAUCCCGACGAGCUAGUCUCAUACUCCGACGUUCCGAAGCCUCUGCGGAGAAAGUCGGAGAGGAAGGCGUAUGUGACGCCGAUGAAGGUUCUGAUUGAGAGGGCGAAGAAGGAGAGAGAAGCGCGAAAGAAAGAUCCUUGUAGGGUUUUGGAAGAAGCUCCGGAGAACGGGUUAUUGGUUCCAGAACUGGUGGAGGUGGCUCAUCGUGUCUAUCAAGCUCGCAGGUCUCUCCUCUCCGGUCUGAGUCAACUCGUCCGAGUCAUUCCCGUCCUGCGCUGCGAGCUCUGUAAUGAGGUUCACAUUGGUUAUGUUGGUCAUGAAAUUCGAACAUGUAAUGGACCAAAGAGUUAUUCCCGGAAUGCAACCCAUGUUUGGAGAAGGGGAGGGGUUCGAGAUGUGGUCUUCUUCCCAAAAUGCUUUCAUCUUUUUGACCGUGUUGGUAAGCCAAGAGUAGGACAUGAUGAGAGGUUCAGUGUUCCUCGUAUCCCUGCCAUUGUUGAACUCUGUAUACAAGCGGGUCUAGACCUUGAAAAGCAUCCCACUAGAAGGAGAACAAAACCUGUAUAUUGUAUCGAAGGAAGAAUUGUAGAUUUUGAAUCCGUUGUGAAGGAGGAUGAACAACAACAUCACCUUUACCCCAAACUAGUUGGGGUCGGGGAGGAUGAGACUAAAAGAAAAUGUUCCUUAGAUGAUGUCAAACUUUUUGUGGGUUCAUCCUCUAUGUUGACCAAGCCUUUAGAGAAGGUCCGGAAUUUAGUGGAGCACAACAGCCAUCUGGAUCAGUUGAGUGGUGAAGAAAGGAGCAACUUAAGGGAUUUAAGUAAACAGACACUGGACUCAUGGUUUGAGAUGACAUCAGGUGCAAAGAAGAUCAUGGAGAAGUAUGUUGUGAAUACUUGUGGAUAUUGUCCUGAGGUCCAGGUCGGUCCCAAGGGACACAAGUUGAGAAUGUGCAAGGCUUCAAAGCACCAGUCUCGGAAUGGUUUACAUGCAUGGCAAGAGGCAACAAUAGAUGAUGUUGUGGGUCCAAAUUAUGUUUGGCAUGUUGAGGAUCUGAAUGGGCCUGCUCUGAAUAACAAUCUGAAGAGAUAUUAUGGCAAGGCACCAGCUGUGGUGGAACUCUGUGUGCAUGCUGGGGCUCCCGUUCCUGAUCAUUAUACAAGCAUGAUGAGAUUAGAUGUGGUUUCCCCUGAUCGAGAUGAAGUUGACCUUGUCGCCUGAAAUGACAUCCCUUUUGAAGAUAGAUUGUAUAUGUUCGAUCAACAUUUGGAGUUCCCAUGGAUGAAAUCUUGGACUUUGAGUUUGAUCAAAUCUGAACUUUGAUGUCCUUUGCUAGUUUUUCUGUUGUCUGAUUAUAAGUUGUAAAGCAUGUAUCAUCAUAUCCAUACAUUCUCAAUAAUAGUUGCCAGCUUAUGUUAUCUUCAGUAAAGAUACACAGAUUGAAGUACAAGUAUUGCAUUAUGGGAUCCCAAAUUGGGUUUAGCUCAAACUGUGCAGUUUCUUGCGAAAUAAUGUCGACACUGGAGUUGCUUCUAUAAAGACCUAGUCCAAACUUCAAUUCAUAUAGAUCAAGGUUCUUGCUGCCAGCAUCAAAAUAAGCCUGAAUCGCCAAUUUUCUGCGAGUCCAAAAGUCUUUCAAGCUUACUAUUGGUAGAGUCUUCUCUAAAAGCUUACUUCCUCAACUAGUGGUGUCAAAGUAAAUGCUAAUUUGUGUUAGAAUUUCUACUAACCAACAUAUAUGUUGAAUUUAAAGACGAGUGGUGGAAAGGAGCUUUAACAAGAUUCCUAGCACUUGUUUAGUGCGGGUAAUUGUUGCUGGCAAAGGUAAAAUUGUUGUAGGAUCCUCUCAUUCCAGGCAGGCUAUUAAAACCUUCUCUUGUCAGGGAAAAUUUUAGAUUACACUGAUUAGAAAGGUUUUAUCAGAGGAGCUCAUUCAGAUUAUUAUUUACCUUGUUGUAUAUUCAAAUAUAUUCUAAUUAAUUAUUUCUUCCUUUGUCUUGUAUAUAUAAAUAUUCAUUUUUAAUGCAAAAU